CUGCCUUGUUUACGUUCUGUGCAUUGCAUGGUUGUCUUAAAAAUCUUUUCUACUCGUUGACACCAGUUGACACGACGAGUUCAAAUUAAAAUAUCAAUUAAUAAGUUUAACAUUAACCUAUCCUGCCGUGAGAUGUCAAAAACGACCGUUGUUUUUGUCACUGGCAACGCAAAAAAGCUAGAAGAAGUUGUUGCUAUUCUAGGCAAGAAUUUUCCCCAUGAGUUCACCAGCAAGAAACUAGACCUGCCAGAAUACCAAGGGGAAAUCGAUGACAUUUGCAAGGCAAAGUGCCUAGAAGCCGCUAAGUUGGUUCAGGGUCCUGUAGUGGUGGAGGACACAAGCUUGUGCUUCAACUCGCUUGGAGGUCUACCAGGGCCAUACAUCAAGUGGUUCCUGGACAAACUUGGCCCUGAGGGUUUGCAUCGAAUGUUAGCAGGCUGGGAAGACAAGUCUGCAAAGGCAAUUUGCACGAUGGCUUACUGCAGUGGACCAAGUGCAACUACAUCCCAAGUCCAACUUUUCCAAGGCAUCGUGGACGGUGACAUUGUGUCUCCUCGGGGGCCCAGACUCUUUGGUUGGGACCCAUGUUUUCAACCUAAGGGCUAUGACCAAACUUUUGCUGAAUUACCAAAAGAGCAGAAAAACCUUAUUUCUCACCGUGCGCUGGCUGUGAUGAAUAUGAAAAACUUCUUUGAGAAAGAAAAUGAAAAAUAAAGCGUUUCGCUUGAAUUAAA